AUGUCGUCCGCCAACCUCAAUAGAAAGCGUCGUCGUGUGGAAAAUGCAGCUUCGGCGCUUUCCAAACCUUUCAAGUCUCCCCUCCGCCGACCAUCGCAAGUCUCGGAGACCAAGCACGAGGCAUUAUCCAAAGAAGAAAGUAAUGUUGACACCAAUGAUGCGCGCACUCCAUCUGCGACCUCAUCUUCCCCGUCGUCUGCGCGUCCCUCGAGCUUGGAGUCUCACAAAAGAAAAGCGCAAAUAAACCAUCUAGCUUCAUCUAAAAAACCAGUAUUCUCUGACCCAGUCAUUCUUGAUCUUCAGAAGCAAGAAAGGGCGCUGCAGUCACGACUUGCUAUCCUGCGAUCUGAACUUGACACUGCACAACAAGCUCUUCAGCUCGAGUCCUCGACCAGAGAUGCAGACCUCCAAUCGUUGAUUACGAAGUGGAGAUCUGUCAGCCAGAACGCAGCCGAAGAAGCUUUCUCUGGAGCUCAGGAACGUGUGGCGCGGAUGGGGGGUAUGAAGGCUUGGAGGGAGCGAAUGAAGAAUAACAAUACGCAGUGGGAGCAAGAGGAGGUGGAGACCUGGUACGGCAGCGCAGAGGCUGAAAGGGUUGAUGUGGAUGAAGAUGAGUUGGAGGCUCGGAAGGCUGAGAUGCUAAGGGGUCGCAAGGAGAGUCACGAUGAGGGCCAGGGAGACAAAGAGAUUGAAGAAGAACUCUUACGAAGAGGUGCAGAAUGUCUACCAGCGAACUCUUACAAAAAUGGAGAAAACGUAACCGUUGCUGUGGAAUAUCUGAAAUAUCUAGAGGCCAGAGUUGCUGAGUUAGAACAUGGGUCGCGCACCUCAACAACAUCGCUGCAAACACGAGAUUUUGGUGUCCAAACCGAGCCGACUGAUCUGCUUACCUGCGAUUCAAUGUCUGAUUGCUGUCCUGAUACUCAUAAGGACAACGAUGCCAACGCAUAUCCGAUAUUUUGCGAUCUUUUGGAUUUCGACUUGCAACGAAAGCCUCCGGGGUCGAAUACACAUUCAGUCAUCACAUCGCUGGGGGAUUCUACAAACUCUAGAGCAAGUGAUGGAUUCGACUCAAGAGAUACGAAUGUGGAUGGCUCUAAACCAACAGAGGUUGGUUCUCUACAUGACCUUGCCGUAGUGGGCGGUUAUUCAUUCUGGCUCGAAGAAGCCUACACCAACCUAUACUUCUCGAUUACACACUUCAUGUGGCCAUUAUUUGAUUGCAACGCUUGGGGUUCCUGGCGUCAUGAUUGGAGCCUAAAUGCGAAGACAGAACCAUGGAAAGGAUUUUUUGUGCAGAUGGUGUAUGCCAUUGGUUCCUUGUCAUACAACGUUCUCCAGCCCGGGCAGAAUCAUUCAAAUCGCGCGGCAGAGAUGUAUUCCUCGGCACUGUCGUACUACCCUUAUGUUAUGGCAGAAGCGUCCGCUACCCUUCAGAUACAAGCGUCAAUUCUCAUGAUUAUCUACUCUCUUCACUGCCCUUCUUCAGGAGAAAUAUCCAUGUCAGUUUCUUCCAUCGUCCCGUUCUGUUCAGCUACUCUGGCCGAGAUUCAGAAACGCAUCUCUUCUGGUCCGGAGAGCAUCCUGGGAGACAUGACGGGAAGGAAUGCCAACCUUAAUGAGCUAAUGUUCAUCACUUGUUAUAUGUUGAAUGAGAUCAUAGUGUCCGGGUGGGAAAGACCAGUUUCUGCGGCCUAUAGGAUUGUUGAUGAUGAUAUUCAUAUGUUUAGCAAUGCGAUAUUGGACGUCUCAAACACGAACACAGCGUUGCAACACUUGUUCCGAUUGCGAAAAAUCCAAGCCAAUAUCCGAAGAUACUGGGAUGAGCCAACUGAUAUCCAAAAUUCGAAUGACAGGUCGUUCAAGCUGGCGCUGGAUGAUUGGAGGAAACACAUACCUCAAUACUCUGUGGAAGAAGCGCAGAGGACCUAUCUCGAUCCUCUGUGGAUGACAAAACUAUAUGACUACAGUAUAAUCAUCCUUAUGCAAGGAAAGCGAAAGCAUCUCAUGCGCGAAGAUCUUGAUGACAUUCUUUCGGCUGGAGUUGAGGUAUGUCUUAACUAUAGACGUCUGCAGGAAGAAGGUCAAGUGAUGUGCUUUACAUGGUCCGCGGUGCGUCUACGCUAG